AAGGGAUACUGUUCAUGCCAUAACAGAAGCUGACAACCGCAAUGUAGAACUCAGUCAUGGCAUAUAUCACAGGAGGAAACUUAACCAUUCUGAAGAGCUACAAGAUGCACUGUUAAUUAACAAUGGAAAGGAAUAUGAAUACAUAACUUUGGACAGACUUGGAACCAUUCAAGUAUUUUAAAAGUGAUGGACGGAAAAAAGAUGCCAUUGAAGUGGAGGAGUCAAUGAAUAGACUGUUGUUUGCAUCUAAGCACAACAUGUAUGUGGGGUAUACCCAUGGAGAGAAGGUUCUCUUUUUAAUGACCCCACAGUUUGAAAUUAUAUCAAGUGCUAAAUCCCUGGCUCCAAUAAUAUUAGCCAUGUACAAUGACAGCAUUAAUGAGGUCAUCACUGUGGGAGGUGGUUACUUUACGGCUUGGAGGUUUAGGUAUAAUGCCCGGUACAUACUGCCUCGGAAAAUCACAAAGUUAACAGGCUACGAGGAAGCUGAGUUCACUUGCCUUGUUCUUGAGCCAACUGCCAGUCGCUCCCAGCGAUGCUUCCUAGCUCUGGAUUCAGGGGUUGUGGAGUAUAGUGUGUAUGAUGGUCAUUUUGUGGCCCACUACAAAGACCUUCAUUCGAGGAGGAUCACAGCUCUAACCUUCUUCAACCCCCUGAAGUACCUGGUAACAGCUGCCAAAGAUGGAUGCAUUAAGGUGUGGGACAAGACUGUGUCAGUGGUGAUGGUGUUUGUGACCCACACGGACGCUGUCAACUACCUGGGUGUCCACCCCUAUGGUCCGGCCUUCAUGUCUGCCAGUUUGGACCGCACGGUGAGGGUCUGGAGCCUUGAGAGUUGUGAUGAGAUUGACCACACAGAAAUCCAAAAGCCAGUGCAAGGGCUUUGUUCUCAGCUGGCAUAUGAUACGUUUAUUACAUUCUCUGGGAAGAGUGCCGAUCUAUGGAACAUCCAGCACCUCUAUCAGAUGAACACGUCUGUAGGUUACCGUGUGUUCUCCAUGAAGCACACUCUACACCCGAUGUUUCCUAAGCGGUCAGUUCUGCUAUGUAAGGACUCCAGUGUGCGUCUUGUCAGUCCUAACUCCGGAGACGUCAUCACCACAUUGUUACAGCAUCCAAGAAAGGGACUCAUUGACGCUGCUUAUGCCGUAGCUGAAGGUACCAUGUUUGUGGUGACAGGACGUGGCAGUAUAGUUAAGUGUAAGACACACACAAAUCCUUGUACAGUGGUGGCAGAAUGGGAAUACCCCAGUGAAGAAUUCUGCAACUAUCUCCUGGUGUAUGAAUAUGUAGUGGAUGCCAUGUUGAAGGAGGAUGCCUGGAGGGCCAUGAAGAAAACGGUCGAGACACGAAGUCUUCAGGACACCACAAAGGCUAACGUGACAAACAGAAACAGAACUCUUCUGCUUGGAGGUAGAAAAGAUGGUUACAUCUGUGUCUUCAACUGGAAGACGGGCAAAGUGGAUUUUAGCGUGGAUGCUCAUGGUGCUAAGGGAGUUCUCAGUAUGAUUGCUAACUCAAAAGAAGAUCAGCUGAUCUCUGCAGGAAUGGAUAACAUAAUCAAAGUGUGGCGUUUGUACCCGUUUGCUGAGGAAGCCUUGGCUCCACUCAUGUCCUUCUACUGUGGUCACACUCCAUCACACAUGGUGAUGAUGAAAAGUGCUCUGUGUGUAGCCUUCCAUGACCACUCCAGUGCCACCUACAGUGUAGUGCUCUACAACCUGAUCACAAAGAAUCGGAGUGACCAUCAACCAAAUGACGACCACCAAGACACCAUUACGGGCCUGACCGCCUGUCACAAACUGCGACUCUUUGCCACUUCCAGCCUGGAUGGUACUGUACGUAUCUGGAGUGACAAGAACCAGCUCCUCAGAGUGCUGAGACUGGGUGUAUCUCCCCACAGCAUUGGUUUUUGUAACCAGCAAGGGGACCUCCUCCUGGGUAUAGGCCUCCAUGUCAGCAAAAUCCCGCAUACUGUCUAUCUACCAAAGAAGUACCUGCUAAAGAUGUCUUGUAUGAAGUUCCUGGGCCAGCAGGCAGAACCCCCCAUUCCUUAUGAUGAGAACCUUCUAAACCAACUUAACAAAUCUGACCUCAAACGUCUGAAAAAUGCUAGAGCUUCUUUGAAGUAUGAUGAGUACACAGACAAACUGACAUCCGAUGAAGAGAAUGAGGUGACACGAGAGGCUCGUGAAAGGGAACAGGGGUAUGCAACCCUUGAGGAGCGCGAAAAUGAACUUCGUCUUCUAAGGGAUGGAGCUAUUUCAUGCAAGAAAAAGCCAAGACGCACAGCCAGGACACAGAGGGAAGCUUUGAAACAGUUCAUGAAACUGUACCACAACAGGCCUAAAAUUCAGCUGCCUGCAGAUAAAAUUUUCCAGGGGCUACAGCAAGAAGUAACAGAGAAAGAGAUGGAAGGUUGGAUUCCGGAAAAGGAGCCAACCGGAUUCUUCCCUCCAACAUCAAUGCAGAAGACCAAACUUGAUGAGGGACGUACCAUUCCGGUAGGCCGUGGUGGAUUUGUGCCCAACUCCAUUCUGCUGCGUUUACUCUGGCCUGAUCCCCCACCGGUGAAAAUACCCGAGAAGAGAUAUCAACCCCCAGCGCUACAAUUACAACGAACUGAUGACACAGCAAAGCCUGGAGAGGAUGCAAGGUCCAUAGAAUCUUAUGGGGACGUAUCAUCAACACAACAGAAGAAACAUGACACAUCGGACAGUUGGUUUGAGGAUGAGCUGGCUGAGAGGGAGGAUGAAGAAGAGGAUAAGCCUCUUUCUCCGUCCAACCUCCUCUCCAAAUUUGAAGAGAUGUUAAAGAGAUCACCUUCACUCACGAGUGAAAACGAAGAGGUUGUCCCGGUGGCUGAGCCAGUAGAGAAGGAGGAGGUGAUAGUGAAAACAGCCCAAGCCCCAUUCACCCCCAGGGCACCUGCUUAUGACCCACCUUCUGAGAUAAACAAGCCAGAGCCUCUGCCCAAAAGAGAACCUCGUCCAAAGAGGCCCAUUGUCAAGAUAGUCUCUCAAGCUCCGCCAUUACCCGCCCAUCCCAUUUCUGCUUUGCCAGAGAGGAUACCUACCCCUCCUGCUCCCCCAACACCCCUGCCAGAAUUCAUCAUGCAAUUCAAGGGCCAGGAAUGGUUUGAGAAGUACUUCCCUAACUGUAACCCAGAUACUCUGCCUAAACCAUGGACAGUGGAUGCCUUUGCCUCAUUGCUGGGUCGGGUGAUGAAGAUAGCCAGUUACAAGCACAAGGUGGACAUAUCAGCUGCCUUGAUGACUCUGCACAGUAUGGAGGAUAUGGAGGACACGAAUGGGAUAGCUAGGUGUUACCUGUCAGCACUGAACCAUCAUAACCCACCCACAGCACUUGUACACGAGGAGAAAACCUUCAUUCUGACAUCACUGAGAGCCUUACAGACCCUGAGGGAGAAUGACCAGGGGGUGAUCAUAGAGUUGAUGAUACAGUACAUAGAUGGGGACAAGGAUAUCAGGGCCACAUCGCUGGAUGUCUUGUUAAGGAUGGGUGUUGCUGAUCCACAUGGUUACUUGGCACAGGAACUUGACUCUUGGGACACAUGGAACCUGGAGGAAACUAACAGGAAAUCUGCUCUUCACAAGAUGUGUCAGGACUGGCUGGACAGGUGGAUGGCGUCCUUCAAGAUCCAUCUGGAGGAUACAAUUGAGAAAUUAAGGCGAGGUCAGAAUGUUCAUGGAAGGCUGGGGCAGAGGCAAGCAGCAGGAUCUCAAGCAAGCAGCACUAGGAAACGCUCUCCGGGAGAAGACAGUGUGGUGGAUACAUCUCCCAAACUGGAGCGAUCAACAGACAACAGGCCAGUGAGUCAGAACAAAAAGCCACCUCAUCAUGCUAUCACAGUCAACUUAGACAGUGUGACUGAUUCGUCAGUGCUGGAAAAUGCAACAUUUGUCGAGGCCAUUAACUAUUUCUGUGAGAUCACGUUUGAGAAGGAAAUGGAGAAAUUAAGACGAGGACCUAUUCCACCAAUCAGUGAAGAGAAAUCUGGACAGACAAAGAAUACUGUUUUGGUAUUGCCUAAAAUACAGCAUAAGACUGCUCUGGUACGUCUUGGAGAAACUCACACCAGUUGUUGCAGACCCAAGCGGGAAACCUCCUAUAAUACUGACUACAGACAGAUGCCUCCUGGGGCUAGUGUGACCCAGACACCUGAUUUCCCUCCCAGCAUCAACUUACCCAUGAAGAAGCUGUACCUAAACCCAUUCCCCAGUCCCCAGGACACAGUGGACUUGCGCUUCCAGGAGCCUGUCCUUAUCACUCUGAAAUCUUCACAGAAAUAUUUCAUACCAGAACAGUCGUAUUGCUCUCUCUCCAUGGCUCAUGUCAAUACCAUUCCUGCUGCAAGAUAGUUCACACUGGCAAUGUUUGUUGGAAAUGUUGUCAGUAGACUUACUUGUAAGUGUCCACAUAUACCUGGUUUGUGGUAGCCCGAGAUUGUAAAACAUUUAUUGGCAGUACCCUUAUAAAUACUGAUUCCAAGUAUGUAUAAUUAAAUAUGAUUUGCAAGUUUGUUAAAGUCUUAAAAGCUUCAUGUUACAUUAUGAGUUUUAACUGUGAUAGUUUUGCAAGAACCUGUGAUAUUGUUUUUCUUGCACUAUAUUUUCACAACUGUUAAACACACCAGUCUGUGUGUUUAUUUAUGAUUUCAAUAAGGUUUUUUCCUUGAAAUCUACUCUCAACAAUUUCAUUUUUAAAGUUUUCUAUAAAUUGACCAUAUUACAAAUGAAUUGAUGCAUGGAGUUUUAAAACACCACACAUCAUGUGUUAGUGAUAGUACAUUUUACACUUACACACAUAAAUUCAUAAAAUUGCAUGUAUUGGUCCUUGACUACUUUCUAUGUGGAAAGCAAAAACUGUGCUGGUUAAUGCUUAUGUACACUUAGAUAUAUUAUUUGAACAGAGAUCAGUGGUCAGUUUGAAAAUAAGUAUUAUAGUGAUGAAUGCAACUUCAAUUGGAGAUUAGGUAACUGCUGAUACUACACUAAAUGUUCAUGCGAUCAAGUCUUUAUUUGUCAACUUCAGCAUAUUUUAUUCACAAAUUAAUUUAUGAGUCAUGAAAACACUAUAAAAAGUGAAAGCACAAUAUUGUUUUGUGUUUAGUGUAUGAUUGAAAGUUUUUUUUAUACAUAUACAAUGUCAUGUGAUAGAAAAAUUAAGGUUUUCCUACGGCAUAAAACACCAAUCAUAUAAAUUAAGGUUUUCCUCUAGAAAUGUAAAUGGUUAAGUGCAAAAGCACAUACUUACAUGGGUCAUUUAACUCAAAUGAAAAAAAAUGUGCAUUCAUUUAAUAAAUUUAUUAUAAAACC